CAGAAAGCUUACACAAAAAUUGCAAAAACAAGGCACCAACAUCGGUGGCACUAGGCUGCGAUUAGUUGGCAUGUUCUUAUUUUUAUGCAUGGAACGUGAAGUCGUGAGAGAAUUCUCUGAGUAUGCUCGAAUGAUUCGUCACUACAUUUUUACGCCCUUGGCAAGUUUUAGGCUUGGUUUGGAAGGGAUGCCACUGGGCCCUUACCCGCAGUUCCCGCAUGGUGACCCCUCCAAACACGGGCGGAGUAUGUAAAGCGACACGACACGGCCGGACCAACUUGACUUGACGGAUAUAAUCCUUCCCUCUCUACUGUGACACCCCAACGUUCAGUUUUAUAAUAUGUUCCGAUGGACGAUUCCGGAACGCCGUGUUGGUGACCGCAACCUUCCAACGAUCCCAACCGAAAUUUACCUAGAAAUUUUCGAGCACCUUGCGCCGUCUGGCGAGAAGCUCUCUGUAGAGCAAACGAAGACUCUUACCAGGGUUUCUGGCUCCUGCAAACUCUUCUGCCACAUCGCACUUCCCCGCAUUUUCGAACACGUCGAUUUUGUCGGCCUUGUUUACUACAGGCACGAUAAUCUUCCCUUCUCACGAAACAUUUCGUGGUGCAGCCGUAUGGCUGCUGGUGAGGAUCUCGCACUAUGGGGCGCCGAGUGUACUAGAGAGUGCAACUUCCGCGAUUGGCAAUUAGAGUCCGAGGGGUCGUGGGCGGUCAACAUGUUUGCGAAACGUUUCACUUCCAGCCUCAGUCAUAUGACCAACCUCCGCCGACUUACGUUCACCAGAUGCUUCAUAACCAAUAACCACUGGCGUGCAGUAAUGGCGUUGAGGGCGCUGGGGGAGUUGGCUUUUGACAAGUGCCAGUUCACAGAAACCGCUCAACUAGAAGAUGGGAUUCAUACCAACCACCCAAUGAACCUCAGAGUACCGUCUAUCGAGUUUUACGAAGGCGGUGCCCACGCCUAUGUCGCCGCUAGGGUAUUUAACUUGGGCCAUCUGCGUUCCUUGAAGACAGACCUCCCGUUCGCCGUGCUCCUCGACUGGCCUCAAGAUUACAUUCUAGAACAACUCCAUCUUAGCCAAAUAAAAUACUCUAGUCCAGCACAUGAAUUCGUCCUAAGAGCCACUCUACGAAAGAUACGACAAUCCGUGGCGGAGCUCAAGCUAUCGUUCUACGAUCACAUGAGACUUCCUGACUUCGAACACUAUCUUCAAAGCAAUUUAUCGGAGAUUAUUCAAAAAUUGCGUUCCCUCACGCUAGUUGUUGAUCCUAACAUAAGGGAUUAUCUUCAGUCCCACGUGAAGAGCCCCCCUCUUUGUUUCCGUGUCGGCUUUAGUGAAAACAUGGAGAAGCUGAUUGUACAAUCUCAUGCUCCAUGCUAUCCCGGUGGAAUUCGGUUCGUACCCCCGUGGCAACCUUCAUCGGAUCAUUUGCAACAGAGUACCCUACCACUUAUUUUGGCUGAUUUUCCAAAUAUUAACUACGUGGAGAUCUAUGGGACUGCCAUUCGUCUGAAAGGUGACUCCUGGGUUGAGGCCCCAGUUCCGUAUGUUGCAGUCGAUUCAACUGGGAUAUCCUAGGAUAGGUCCUCAGAGGACCGAGUACAAGAUAUUUCAGUCCAGUCGAAGAUUAUUACGAGAUUAUGCCAGUUUCUGCGAUGAACGUCCGUUUCAGAAAGCUAGCAGUGUUUUGUUACUAAUUGUUGCACGACUUCCCAACCGUUUUCCAUAGAACCUAAAUCAACUUGCUCAGAACCCCAU